GCUCUCCUCUCCGACGACGAUGUGGAGAGCGUGGCGGAAGAACUGGCUGCCACGGGCCCCGCGCCUGAAAGAGUGUUCUGCCACUUGCUCCGCAUCUUGGCGGAGCUUGGGGUACGCCGGCCUCAGAACAACGAACAAUACCAGCAGCAGGUCCGCAGGCGAGUCUACCGAAUCAUUUGCGGCCUUGCGCAGUUCACGGGGCUCAUGCUGACCCUCGGUGCCUACCUAUGGCUCUGUGCCCUAGGUGCACUGUAUCGCUAUGGUGCUGGCAACUGCGAUGUGCCUCUGGGCAAGUAUAUCUACAUCCAGCUGGGCAUCGUGGCAGUUUUCGGCUCGAUUCGGCUCCAGGGCUCCUCGACGAGGUGGAGGUUGGUUCUGAGCUUUGCGGCCUCCGUUUGCAGCAGCUUGGUGGUAGGUAUCGGUCUCGGUUGGAUCUUAUCCUCGCACACCUGCUCGCAGACGAACCCCGCGCUGUACUACUCGGUUCUGCACCUGCUGCUGUACGAGGGCAGCGGCAUACUCUUUGUGACCACUCUUGCCGUCGCAGCGGCCGUCCUCCUGCGUGCAGUGGGUGUGAACUCUGUGCAGUCGAUCCUCACAUUUCGCGUCACCCACGGCUGCGGGCAGGCAGUCAAAAACAUGCCCGUGGUCCCGCACGAUGCCCCAGAGCUCAUGCAGGAGGAUGGCCCUAUGGAGUGCGUGAUUUGUCUCGACAGCCUGGCUCUUGCAGAUCGGAAGGCUGGAUUCUGA